AAAACAAAUGAAUAAAAAAAAAAAAGAAACUUCACGUGGCACAAACAAUGUCGUUGUUGUGCGCUUCUACCUCUUCCUCUCAUCACCUCGUCGCCAUUCCUCCGACAACCACUCGGAGACUCACCGUAAACCACUCUAUCCGUCAUCGCCUGAGCAUGUCACUCGACAACAACAAAAACAAUUCUAAUAUUAACUCCUCUUCCCUACUAAGUACCGUAACCAACCUUCUAUGGGGCCGGUCCCUCCCUCCAGGACUUGUCGUAACCACCGUACGCACCGCAUGGAACUCCACGUGGCAUCUCAUGAUGUCUCAGCUCGCUCCCUCUGACCCCACCGGCGGAUACUCCAGACCCGCUUCUAAAUUCCGAUUCUCUGGUCCUCCUUCACCGAAUGGCCUCCAUCUCUACGUCGGCCUGCCAUGCCCGUGGGCCCACCGUACUCUCAUAGUACGUGCACUCAAAGGAUUAGAAGACGCUGUGCCGGUGUCAGUUGCGUCUCCAGGCAACGACGGGUCGUGGGAAUUCAAACGGGUCGGUGUGAAUACGGGUCGGGUAAUCAAUCCGAGUUUGGAUAAAGCAAAUGGUUGCAAGACUUUGAAGGAAGUUUAUAGGCUUCGAAGUGGUGGGUAUGAUGGAAGAUCAACAGUGCCAAUGUUGUGGAACAAAGACUCCAAAGAUGUUAUCUGUAAUGAAAGUUAUGAUAUAAUUCAAAUUUUCAAUUCUGGGUUAAAUGGGUUGGCUCGUAACCCGGAGUUGGAUCUUUCACCACCUCAAUUAAAGGAUAAGAUUGAAGAAUGGUAUCAAGUGAUAUAUCCAAAUGUGAACAAUGGUGUUUAUAGGUGUGGAUUUGCGCAGAGCCAAGAAGCAUACGAUAGAGCAGUGAACGAGUUGUUUAGUACACUAGAUGAGUUGGAGAAUCACUUGUCGAAUUCGCGCUACUUGUGUGGAGACAAGCUAACACUUGUUGAUAUAUGUUUGUUUACUACUUUGAUUCGGUUUGAUAUUGCUUACAAUGUUCUGUUUAAAUGCACCAAGAAGAAGUUGUAUGAGUAUACCAAUCUACAUGCCUACAUGCGUGACAUUUAUCAGAUUCCCAAAGUCGCAGAUACUUGUAAUUUUCAAGAAAUUAUGGAUGGUUACUACAAAACACUUUUUCCUCUCAAUCCAGGGAGCAUUAGACCAAUCAUGCCUUCAACUUCAGAGCAUGAAAUUCUUUUCAGGCCUCAUGGCAGGGAAUCCCUAUCUUCACCAUCUAAACCAGUGUUUGUCAAAUAGUGAACUAUUAUCUUUCAUACUAUAGUUCUGUGCUGAUGUAAGAGUGUAAUAGAAAUAAUGCAAGUAUACAGCAUACUUUUACUCAGAUUAACAAUUUUCACUUGGGGGGUUUUAUCCAUUUGUACAUUAGCACCAAGCUUUGCAGCUUCUGUAACUCAACCAAUAUUUCUUCUCUAGUUCUCCCAAUCACAGCUCAAAUCAGAUGAUGCUUCCAACGAUAA